AUGCAGGCCUCGACAAUACUUCACUCUAUUCUACCUGGCCAACCAUCUGCUGUGAUCGCCCCACCUAUGCCCACUGCACCCCUCGCUCCCGCACUCCCGCCAGCAGAUCACCCCGAUACAUGGCUUGGUAAUGCACAGGUUGACGAUGCCGUCGAAGAUAUGGAGAUCGAUCUCCCUCCACUGCCACCUGUCGAAGAUCAUCAACCCAAGGAAGCUCCACCCUCACCUCAACUCUCUCACCGUGAAGAAGCAGCACUGGAUGAGAUCAAUAUCCUGCUCGAGCGCUUCACAUCGCUGGGAUCAGGGGAGGUCGGAGAUGCAGAUCCCGGAAGUGCCGACGAUGCUGCUGUUCGUCGUCUUGCUCAGGAGAUAUACCAGCUUCAGGACACCUUCACGCAGCGUGCCGAACACGAGAGACAACUUGAAGAGGCCAGACUCGAUGAACGACUAGGUGAUGGUGAAGAGAUCGCCGACACGCCCGACCGAUCUCGUGCUCCCAGUCCGGAGCCACGUCAACAGGAUCACCCGCCGCCACCUGAUCCUGCCACUGCUGGACCCCAUCCACACUCGCGUUUCCCGCUUUCUCGUGUCCCUGAGAUAGCACUGACACAAGAUCCCCUCGACCCUGAUGAUCUCUAUGACCUGCGCAACCCGUCUCACGAUGUACUGGAUCUAUCGGACCUGGCGCUUCGCCUUGCCCUCAACAUGUUCAUUGCCUGCCGCAACUCCGGAGUUGGUACAUACGAUGCAGUUGCCUCCGGCAUUCGUGCUGUAUACCCGGACAUACCGAUCCUCUCAUACCACAUGGUGCGGAAGUGCGUAGUCCAACUCAGUGGUGUUCGCACCGUUCGAUUCGACAUGUGUGUCAACUCUUGUACCGCAUACACGGGACCGCGACUCGAUCCGAAUAAAGAAGAGAACCGUAGCUGCCCGAAGUGCCGACAGCCUCGCUUUGAUCUCGCUGAGAAGGCUCGCACCGGCAAGGACGUGCCGCGUCAGACCUUCGACACAGUUCUCCCCGGAUUUGCUCUGCAGGCGCAGUUUGCGACUCCGGACCAUGCGGAUGCGGCAUCCUAUCGGGCGCGUGCCAUGGAGAAGCUGGUGCCAGAGUGGGAUGAGGAGGGCUUUGUUGACCCCGUCGGCGAUUUCGUGACGGGUAGUGACAUCUUGGAGGCCAAGAUCGGCAAGCGCGACAUCUGCCUGAUGUGGUCUGGUGAUGGUUUUCAGCUCUGGGAACUGAAGAAGUCCGACUGCUACAUCUACAUCUGGGUUCUUCUCGAUCUUCCCCCAAACCUGCGCUACAAGAAGCAGUAUGUUAUCCCCGGCGCUGUCAUCCCCGGGCCCAAUAAGCCCGGUUGUAUCGAUUCGUUCAUCUUCCCUGGCCUCUACCAUGUCAAGGCACUGCAGAAGGAAGGCCUGAAGAUCUGGAAUGCUGCGACACAGGAGGAAUACGUCUCGCAGCUGCAUAUUCUCUUUGUCACCGCCGACACGGUUGCAGCGGCAGAGGUCACCGGUCUUGUCGGACAUGUCGGAAAAGAAGGCUGUCGCCGCUAUUGCGGCUACAAGGGACGUCGGAAACCCAAGGGCAACCAGUAUUCGUACCCGCUGUAUAAGCCCCUUGACUCUAACGAUGUCGGGUCAAACGGGCCAGACUGGGACGUGUGGGCAGACUCCGAAAGCCCCGAAGAUGCCAAUGCACGAUACAUGCGCAACCUUGAAUACGUCUGUGCGUCAGAAACAACCGAGGAGCAUGCGAAGCGGCGUCUCAAUACCGGCAUAGCAAAACCGUCACUCUUCAGUGCGGUGACGACAGUUCUCACCAUUCCUUCUUGUCUGCCGUCGGACUUGAUGCAUUGGGCGGCGCUCAACUUCACGGCUUUGUUCCUUGAUCUGUGGCUUGGGAAGUUCCAGGCGAGCGCGGGCGAUGAUGCUCGUACUUGGGCGUGGGUGUUCCUUGUCGGCGAGGUCUUUAAGAAGCAUGGCAGAGACACCAGUGGGCAGCAGGGGUUAAGUAACCCCUAG